UCAUUACUUGUUUGUAACGCAACUGGCAGCAACAAUUCUUGACGUAAGAUGGGUAACAAAAACUCUUCACAAAGACAUCCACCAUCAGCACCACCACCACAGGUGUUAAAGAAAUUGGAGGCAUGGAGACUGACUGUGAAACCGACAUUUGAAGAGUCCUUUUGUGCCUUACAAAAAGAGUGUGGAAAGUACAAAGAAGAUGAAUUUAACAUUUGCCUGAUUGGACAUACGGGCGCAGGCAAGUCGUCUCUCAUCAAUUCGAUAUACUCUAUAUCGAGGAACCGAAUUGUCGAUAUGGUAACAACUAAAAGUGACAAACUGCCGGGCGUUGGGACAUAUCGGUUAAUAUCUGUGAAGUGUGGCCCUGAAGAUAUUUUCGGCAAUAUAAGGAUUUUGGACACGAUGGGAUUUACUGGGGCAUUUGGAAAAGACGAAACAGGUAUUACGGAAGACGAUAUUAAAGCUGUUUGCGAAGGACGAGUCAAGAGCGGCCAUACAUUCAACAAGGGAGAGGCUGCAACUGCGGAGUGCAACAAGAACAAGCCACACUGCAUUGCUUUUGUUGUCAGCGCUGAGGCUGUACAAGAUUUAACAGAUAACCCCGAUUCAAUGACUAGAGACAAGUUUCUUAAAUUGCGCGACCUUGUACCAGAUGAUAUUGCCCUAAUUGCUAUAAUCACUAAGUGUGACAGGAUAUGCGACGAUACUAACACAGAUAUAGAAAAUAUCUACAAAAGCAAAACGAUUGAAAACUUAGUAAAGCGGACAGAAGCAACUUUUGGAAUGCCGCAAAACAAGAUCUUUCCCAUCGUAAACUACGUGACAGAGUCGUUCCCAAAUGAAAAAAAGAGCCUACCAAUACUAUGGGCUGUAUAUAGCGCAAUUGAUUUCGCCCAUGAUAGAAAAUCUAUGGGAGUGGACACUUGCACUGAUCGGCAAAUCGUCCCAAAUAUGACCAAAUAACGUUUUAAAUAAACUAGUGAAAUUGUCGUGGAAGAUAUGCCAUGUCACUGAUAUCCUACAUGUAUGCUCAUUUUAAUGAUUCAUUAUUUAACAUAUUUUAAACUUAAAUGUAUUUAAAUGGUUCAAAUGCAUCUUUUUAUUAUUUCAUUCAGUUUAUUAAAUAUUUUACUGUUAAUCUUAGGUAAAAAAUACUGUAAUAAUGAAGAAGAUUUUUUUUGAGCACUUAAAGUUCUGCUUUAUAUGUGUUUGGAGUAAAAAUAUCAAGGCCUUAUGAAGUUAUGUUUCGAUCCACUGCUUACUUGACAAUAAAAUUAAACGAUA